AUGGGGAGAGGACGGCCAAAGAAGAUGGUAACAAAGGUUCAGCUAGCUGAAUUCAUAGCAUCAGAAAGUAGAAGUGGAAAUCUGGGGAGGAAUUGUGAAAUUGAUUCACAAGUAGUAGCCCUAAGUUGCGAAAAGGAACACCAGUGUGACAUGUGGGAAGCAUUAAGGAGAAUAGACUCUCAGAUGACUAACUCCUGGCUAAUCAUGGGGGAUUUUAAUGCAGUAAUGGACAUUGAAGAUAGAAUAAAUGGUACAGUAGUACAGGAAAAUGAGAUCAAAGAUUUUAGGUCUCUAAUGGAGGAUUGCAGAUUGAAUGAACUUAGAACUGUGGGUAGAUCAUAUACAUGGACAAAUAGCCAUGUUUAUAACAAAAUUGACAGAGCCAUUGUCAAUGCACACUAG